GGCCUAUUGCGCAUGUGCGGCGGAUAAGGGGGGAGGGGAAGGGAAAGAGUUUUGCGCGUGCGCAAUAGAGCCACCGCGCGUCCUCGGUACAAACCCUGGGCGCAAAUCGAGCACGGCAGGAGACGCUGAUCUGGUAGCCGGAAUGAUGAAAACGCUGGAGUUUUAUCAGAUGGUGCAGAAAUACCUCGCGCACGGAGAGUUUGAACCAGACUGCAACAGGAGGGUGAGGAGCGACAUACGCCGCGCCAGCGACAAAUUCGCCAUCAAAGAUGGUCGACUGUAUUAUCUCGGCCCCAACAAAACGUACAUGCGCCUGGUGGUCAUGACUGAAGAGGAAAAAAGUUUCGCCCUAAACGAGUGUCAUGAUAACAGCGAGACGGGAAACCAUCUCGGUGUGAGGGGCACCAGAAACAAGGUCAUCGAAGGCUACUUCUGGCCAACGCUUAUAAAGGAUGUAACAGAGUGGGUGAAGUCUUGUGAGCGCUGUCAGACUUCCUUCAGCAAGACGGCGAUGUUGGGGUUGCAUGCGGUGAAGAAAUCGGUUCCAGUCAAGGUUUUAGUCACUCAUGCUCCUGCUUCUAAAGAUAUCUGUCCUUCACAAGAUCUUUAUCCAGUGAUGAAGGAAGACUUACAGCAAUGUAACGGGAUUCCCAUAAUUACAAGGAUAGAGGAGACAACAGCUCCAGAGGAAACUAAGCCUUAUUUCCGAGUUGUGGUGGGAAAAGUCCAGACACUUCUGGAUCCUCCUCUGUCUCAGCAGUUGCUGGGUAGAAAAAGUAAUGAUCAAAGCACACAAACCCUUUACACACCUCAUGCUCACUCCACAACAACAGAACAGGAAGCAGAUGUCAACUGCAUAUAUAAAAGAUAUUUGCUUCAAGAACUAGAAGUUCGGAAGGCAGAUCUUCAAUACACAAAGCUGAAAAUCAGAAAACUGGAGCUUGAAAUAAAGAAAAUGGAGAAAGAAGAAACUGGAGAAGAUCAAUAAAACACACAAACACGUAUGUUUUUACAAUAAACAUAACUGGUUAAAUGAGGCUGCGUGGAUGAAUCUACCUGCAAGAGUAAACCUACAUCAACUGGACACUAUACUGUAUGUUUAUUCCAAGAGGUCUGGGCUUCCUCUGUGUUCCAGUUAAUCCCAGUAGUGUUUAGUAGGCCUGAGGAGGUCAGAACAUUGAGUUCAUCCAAUCCAAUCUUAACACACUGUGUCUAUGGAGCUGGCGUUGUGCACAGGGGCACUGGCAUCCUGGAACGGUGUAUUUCCCUUCACUGGAACUACACAACUGUGUGCUUCUACAUGUAUGGAAAAGAGAACAGAUUCAGAAGUGUGACUUCUUUGGCCAUUUUCUUUAUAUAAGGAAUGCAUUGAGAAGAAGAGAAUGAGAAACACUUGGUUUAAAAAUAAAAUGUUUCCACACCCAC